GAAGCAAGAGUUUGAGUUCAGCAUGGCUAUGGCAAACCUCAUCUUGGAGCUGGUGCGCGUGAUGGGCUGGGACCACAGCCACAAGCCGGAGCCGCCGUCCCAGCAGGAGACAAAGCCUCACACCACCCGCUCCAUCUUCCAGCCUAAGACACCAGCCUGCAUUGCUAACCCAGUGCCUGUGCUCUCUUCAAACCAUGGUUGCCAGAAAAAGCAAAAUUGUGCCUUCCUGACCCCAUCAGACUUUGCUGACCGGAGUGGCUAUGUGGAGUAUUUGAAGGCCAACCUGGUGCACGGCAUGCGGGUGCGCAUGCUGGAGGACUGUGGUGAUGUUAGAGCUGGGGAUGAAGGCAAGUUUCUUCAGAGCGGUUAUAAGAUGCACACAGCACAGGUUUUGUGGCAGUCAACAGGUCAGACCUACUGCAUGCGUUGGCACAUGUUGGAGAUUAUUGGCUUUGGAGAGGAGCGAGAUGAUCCUGGUGGUCAGGAGAAAGAAUGUAAUCUGAUAGAGAGCUUUAAUCUAGACAAAGCCGCGCAGCCGCUUUUCUCCAAGCCCCCGGGGGGGCUGUACUCGCUGCCUUACCUGGGGGAGCAGCCGAGCAGAGCUGCAGCGACCCUGAGCCGCGCUGAGUGGUGGGAGCUGCUCUUCUUUGUGAAGAAGCUGGAAGCGCAGGAGCAGGAGGAGAUCGUCCGACUCAUCCGGCAGGAGCGCGCCGAGCAGCUGUGGGAGCCGGCCGAGGACGCUCUGCUGCAGCUGCCGGUCCCUGCGGAGCUGGCCCAGAAGGUGCUGCGGGCCCUGGAGAAGCAGCUUCAGGGCAGCGCUCAGAGCGAGCUGCGCAGCUCCCGCGUCUACGCCAAGUACUUGCCGGGGAGCGGGGCCGAGCAGCGCGGCGGGGGCAGUGCCACGGUGUCCUUGGAAGGUGCUGGCCCUGGAGCCGCGACGACCGAGGUGGCAAAGGAAGAGUUCUCCGCAGCCACGGCCCUCAGGUCGGAUUCCCAGCUGUUCUAUGAGCUUCUGGAGAGGGAAGGGCUGCGCUUCCCGCAGGCGGCGGAGCAGAGCGAAGCGUGGGGCGGCUCCGAGGGCGUGAGCAAGGGUGGCUGCCUGGCCGAGGUGCAGCGCGUGGUGGACGCGAUCGCAUGCAGCGGCUGCGAGGCAGAGCUGCGUGUGGCCGGGCUGUGGCACGUGGUGAAGGUGCUGGAGGAGGCCCCGGAGCAAGAGCAGCGUGGCGGCGAGGCCCAGGGCGGACCGGGGACGAGGGAGAAGCUGGUGAAGGCGGUGGUGGAGCUGCUGGAUGCCGAGGAGGCCGAGUCGUGCCCGGCGGCGCUGGCGCUGCGGCUGGUGGCCCUGCUGAUGGAGAGGUGUGACUGGCGCGUGCCCUUCGCCACAGAGGGCGGUGUGCGCGCGGUGCUGGGCUGCAUGCGGCGGCACGCGGCCUCCGCCCCGGUGCAGCAGGCUGGCCUGGCGGCCCUGAAGGUGCUGGUGGGAACCGGAGGUGCCGGCGGGAAGCCUUCGCCACUGAGCCACGCCGACGCGCAGAUGAUGCGGGAGAUCUUCGCCAGCAUUGGCUCUGCCUGCGGCGAGGGCUCACCCGGCCUGCUGGGUGCCAUCCCCGCUGCCGUGCGUGCCAUGCAGGACGUGCCAGGGGGCUCCUCGGGCGUGCAGAACGGGCUGCUGGUGGCGAGGAUGCUGGUGGACGGGCACCGGGGCCUGGCGGAGCAGCUGGUGGGCUGUGACCUGCCCGUGGUGCUGCAGAGCUGCUGGCGGGACGGGCGGGAUGCCAGCCGCCCCAGCGCCAUGCUGGCCCUCAGUGUCAUCAACCGGCUGGCAGAGCACCGGCUGCCCCACGGCCCCGAGGCGCCAGGUGCCGAGGCCCUGCUGCUGGAGGCGAGGGAGGCGUGGGCGCCCAUGGGUGCCCUGUGGGAAGGGGCGCUGCCCGAGGACGUGGUGGUGGCUCUGGAGCGGCAGCUCUGCGGCGUGGCUGCCAUUCCUGGGGGUGAGGCGUCCCAGCGGCUGCAGGAGCGCCGGUGCUUCCAUCCGCUGCUGCGCGGCCUCGAGCUGCCGGGGGCAGAGAAGGCCAUGGGGCUGCGGAUCCUCAGGAUCCUGAACGCGUUCCUGGACGGUUACCGGGAGGACGCGCUGCCCUGGCACGAGUGCGUGGAGCCGUGCCUGUCCUUCCUGAGCGCCCAUGGCGGCGACCGUGAGGCAGUGCUGGAGGCGGUGGGCUUCCUGCACCGCCUGGCCACCGCCAGCAAGGACUGCGCCGUGGGGAUGUGCCGUGCGGGCGCCCGCGAGGCUGUGGCCAAAGCCCUGGACAAGCACGGCCCGGCCCUGCCGCUGGCACCGGCCCUGCUAGAACUGGUGAGCGACUGUGAGAGGCACGCUGCGCUCUACAGGAAGCUGACGGGCAGCAUCUUGGCCGGCUGCAUCCAGGUGGUGCUGGGGCAGAUUGAGGAGCACCGCCGCAGCCAGCAGCCCAUCAGCGUCCCCUUCUUUGACGUCUUUCUGCGCAACCUGUGCCGAGGCUCCAGCAUGGAGGUGAAGGAGGACAAGUGCUGGGUGAAGGUGCAGGUCUCGUCCAACCCGCACCGCGCCAGCAAGCUGACAGACAGGAACCCCAAGACCUACUGGGAGUCGAACGGCAGCACCGGCUCCCACUACAUCACCGUCCACAUGCAGUGCGGGGUGGUGGUCAGGGAGAUGAGCAUGCUGGUGGCCAGCGAGGACUCGAGCUACAUGCCGGCCCGCGUGGUGGUGCUGGGGGGGGACAGCCCCGCCGACGUCCGGACGGAGCUCAACGCAGUGACCGUCCUGCCCUCGGCCAGCAGGGUGGUGCUGCUGGAGAACAUGACGCGCUUCUGGCCCGUCAUCCAGAUCCGGGUGAAGCGGUGCCAGCAGGGCGGCAUCGACACGCGUGUGCGUGGCAUCGAGGUGCUGGGGCCCAAGCCCACCUUCUGGCCCAUCUUCAAGGAGCAGCUGUGCCGGCGGACGUUCCUCUUUUGUAGUGCUCGGGCGCACGCCUGGUGCCAGGAGAUCCGCCGGGAUCGGGGGCAGCUGCUGCAGCUCUUCAGCAAGCUGAGCCGGGCACUGCAGCACGAGCAAGACUUUGCCGACCGCUUCCUUCCUGACGACGAGGCGGCCCGAGCCCUGGGCAAGAUGUGCUGGGAGGCCCUGGUGACCCCCGUGGUGCAGAGCAUCACCAGCCCAGCAGACCCCAGCGGCAUCAGCCCUCUGGCCUGGCUGCUGGGCGAGUACCUGGGGAGCGCAGAGCCACCCCGCGGUGACGCCUUCGGUUCCUGCGUGCGACGCCUGACCCAGCUCCUGGUGCACGUGGACCCAGGUGGCGCAGAGCCGGAGGAGGCGGGAGCGGCCGGUGGGAAGGAGGGCAGGAACAAGGAGACGCCAGCCCGGGUGGCAGUGGCAAUGAAGUCUGGUGGCCUGUGGGACAUGGUGCGGUGCUGGCGCGAUGUGGUGCAGCAGCAGGUGCAGCGGUUCCUGGAGGUGUCGGCGCGGGCACCGGACGUCGUGGAGCGGUACUGCGCGCUGUACCAGCGCCUGCGCGGCGCCACGGAGGAGCUCUUUGGGCAGCAGGCCGCCUUCGUGGGAGCCUUGGGCCAGGGCUUCGCCGGGGCUCUGCUGCAGCUCUCCUUCCUGACCGCCCUGCACGUGAGCGAGCAGUUUGCCCGCUACCUGGACAGGAAGGUGCAGGAGCUGCACGGGGCCGCGGGCAGCACGGGGCAGCUGCAGCAGAUCCUGGAGCCCUUCACUGUCUUUGGCGGCCUGGAGUUCGCCCACACCUUUGAGCACUUCUACCGGCUGUACCUGGGGGACCGGCUACUGGCACGGGGGCCCUCGUGGCUGGAAGGGGCCGUGGUGGAGCAGAUGGGGCUGUGCUUCCCCCGCCGCUUCCCCCAGGAGAUGCUGAGUGACCUGGCCGAGUCAGAGGAGCUCCGGCGGCACUUCCACCUCUUCCGGCUGCAGCAGCGGGACCGGCGGCUGCUGGAGCGGGGCCCAGGCCCGGAGAGCCCCAAGGCUGAGGUGCCAGGGGAGGCCCCCGCAGCAGAUGCGCUGGAGGUGGAGGUGCUGGUGCUGUCCCCGCGCUGCUGGCCCGUGUCCCCGCUGUGCUACGUGGAGGAGCCCCGGAGGUUCUUCUCGGCAGCGCUCAGCUCCCCGCUGGAUGAGUUCGCGGACUUCUGGCGGCACAGCCAGAGCCGGCCGGGCUGGGUGUGCACGAGGCCCCGGCGGCUGCAGUGGACGUGGCUGGGCCACGCCGAGCUGAGUUUUGGGGACUGCGUCCUCCACGUGUCCACACUGCAGAUGUACAUCCUGCUGCGCUUCAACAGCGCCGAGGAGGUGGCGGUGGAGGCCCUGCUGCAGGCGACGGGGCUCCCUGCCGAGCUGGUGCACCAGGCCCUGGCCCCACUGACCCAUGGCGAUGGCAUCCUGGUGCAGAGCUGCAUGCAGGGGGCUCCAGGUGCCCUGCGGCUGAACCGGGCGGCCCUGGCCCAUGCUUCUGGCCGCCACCUGAGGCUGCUGCCCCGGCAGAGGUACCUGCGGGCAGAGAGGGCUGAGAGCAGCGCCCUGGAGAGGAAGAGGAAUGUCCUCUGCUGCCUCAUCACCCGCAUCCUCAAGGCAGAAAAGCAGCUGCACAUCGACAACCUGGUCUUUAAGGUGAUCGAUGCCUGUGAGAAGGGUGAGCUGGGGCCAGGCCUGCAGUUCCUGAGCUUCUGCUGCCACAGUGUGGACGUGCUGUCCUGUGUCCUGCACCUGCUGAACCAGGGCUACCUCCAGCGCCAGGAAGAGAGGCCUCAUGUCCUGGAGUACGUCUCUGCUGAACCCACAUCACCUCUUGGAGGCCAGGCACAGAUGGUUUUCCAAAGAAGACUGCCGGACUCUUCUCUGGAUGAGAACAGUGCAGACUGCCUGAAUUGGUUGAAUCCCAGCAUAGAAAGAUCAGAGGAGUUUCUGCUGGCAAUGCUGCAAGUGCCAAUGGGGCACACACUUAGUCUGGAGGAAGCAAAGCUGCUCAUGAACCAGACCGUACAACAGGUCCAGGAUACUCUGAGCAUCCCAGAUGAUGUUGCUCAACAUCUCCUCAUGCACUGCAGGUGGAAUGUGGAUUUCCUGAUACAGCGUUAUAUAGAGGACCAUGAAACUCUGCUCAUCUCCUCAGGGCUCCGGGUGGAAAAUGCCCAGCGCCCUCCAAGCCCAGGAACCCACUGCCCAGUCUGUGUGAACCAGCUGUGUCCUACUGAGAAGCCACCCACCCUCUGCUGCAUGCACUACUGCUGCAAGCCUUGUUGGAAUGAAUAUCUCACGACUCGCAUUGAACAGAACAUGGUCCUCAGCUGCACCUGUCCCAUUUCUGAGUGCCAUGCACAGCCAACCACAGCAUUCAUCUGUUCCAUCGUUUCCUCCAAGGAGGUUAUAGCCAAGUAUGAAAAAGCCCUUCUCAGAGGCUAUGUGGAAUGUUGCUCCAACCUGACGUGGUGCACCAACCCUCAGGGCUGUGAUCAGAUCCUCCUUAAGGAUGGGCUUGGUUAUGAGGCAGCCUGUUCCAAGUGCUCCUGGAUAUCUUGUUUCAACUGCAACUUCCCAGAGGCCCAUUAUCCUGCUAGCUGCAGCCACAUGUCUCAGUGGGUGGAUGACGAUGGGUACUAUGAGGGAAUGACAAGUGAAGCCCAAAGCAAGCAUCUGGCUAAACUCAUUUCAAAACACUGUCCAAACUGCCAAGCUCAGAUAGAGAAAAAUGAGGGGUGUCUGCAUAUGACAUGUGCCAAGUGUAAUCAUGGCUUCUGCUGGCGUUGCCUCAAGCCCUGGAGGCCAACUCAUAAGGAUUAUUACAACUGCUCCAUUAUGGUGAGUAAAGCAGCUUGGCAGGAGAAGCGUUUUCAGGAUUACAAUGAGAGAUGCACCUUUCAUCAUCGUGCAAGGGAAUUUGCUGUGAGUCUGAGGAACAAGGUUUCUUCCAUGAGUGAGAUACCAAAAAUUAGGACUUUGACCUUUGUUCUCCAUGCCUGCAAAGUGCUGGAACGGGCACGGAAGGUGCUGGCCUACUCCUGUGUGUACAGCUAUUACAACCAGGACACAGAAAGCGUCGAUCUUGUGGAACAGCAGACUGAGAGCCUAGAGCUUCACACAAAUGCUCUGCAGAUCCUUCUAGAGGAAACCCUGCUGCGGUAUGAGGACCUGGCUUCUUCUCUUCGGCUUCUGAAAGCAGAGCAUUUCAGUACUGGUUUGGAGUUGGUGCAUCGGAUCAAGGAGCGUCUCUUUGCAAUUCUCUGGCACUCCACACAGGAUUUCCGUGUUGGGCUUGAGGCUUUGGCAGAUCCUGGUCAGACUAAGGUGAAACUCUCAAAUGUGCCUUCUUCGGCCCCUGCCUCUUUAGGCAGGCCAAAAAGUGCCAUCUUGUGCGAGUCCCCCAACACAGAUGAAGAUGGCAGUGAUGCUGAAGAUGAGGAGUAUGAACCACACUGGCAGGAAGACUAUGAUGAUGAUGAUGAUGAUGAUGACGACCUAGAUGAAGACAACUUUCUGUUUUAUGACGAGUCAGAUAACCUUGAUUGCGACUCCUACUUUGAUGAUGAUGAUGCCUAUGACUAGAGGUGGGCUGUCAUCAUCAGACCUGCCAGCCUGGGUCUCUGCCUCCAGGCUGCCUUGACCAGUUUAUCUCUGUGACUUUCCUCGAAGAGAGCUCUCACGCAGAAUUAAGAGACAUAUUCUUUGGGGGCUGCUUCCUCCUUAACUCCCCUUUAAUAUGCAGAGCUGUUGCUCUGGACAGAUGGGCUGUGUUACUGCGGUCAUACUUCUCAGAAAGACAUCUCUUGUUUCUAUUUCCACCCUAUUUACAUUCAUCUAGUUGAGUUAGAACGUCACAGCUUGGUUCCAAAUUAAGGACUGUGUGUCACCUGUUGAAAGAGUUAAGAGAUCAGUUCUUUGGAGUGAUCUCCUCAAGUCCUGGGGCAGAUGUCCUGGCAUGACACUGUGUAAUCUAGCCAGCGUAUAGAAAUAUUGUGAAGCAAUGUGUUAACACUCAAGCCAAAGCCAAAGCCUGGAGCUGAUGGGGUUCUCUCCAGAGCCACAGGUGGACGUGGCUCAGUGCAUUCCUCCAUCUGAGGGGGAAACUGUUUUUGCUGUUUGUUCUUGGAGCUGUCUUUUCUGCUGUGAAGCAAGUUGGGCUGUUACGAGCAUGGGCACAGGUUUGCGGGGCUGCAUUUAAGUGUAUGAAUACACGCAUGCAUGUACAUACAUAUAUAAAAAAAUAUGCAUAUACAGAGGUUGUUUGGAAUGUACGUUAUCUUUGCAAAAAAAAAAAAAAGCAAAAAA